AUGGAAUCUUUUAGACGAACCUUCCGAAGCCGUAGGGACUACUCGGCCAUUAACCCAGUGUUGAAGUAUUUCCUUUUCUUUGAGAAUUUUCUAAUAUGGCUUGCGGGUCUUGCAAUGACAGCCAUUGGGGCUUACGUCCUUUACAUGAAGAAGAAGGUUGUUAAGGACGCGUUCGAUUUUUUCCUGGAUCCGUCCACAUUGAUGUGUACAGGCGGCGCUAUAGUCGUGUUCAUAACUUUCUUUGGCUGUAUGGGAGCUCUCAGAGAAAACACAUGCUUUCUCAAAACGUACAAUUACGUAUUGAGUUUCAUCUUUUUGGGAGAGUUGGUGCUUGUGAUCCUUAUUUUUGUGUUUUAUUACGUCCCCGAAUCUCGUCAUCAACUGGGAAUUUUCCCUCAAGAUAGCUUGAGAAAUGCAAUAAACAAAUACGGUGUCGUGGACGAUGAUGAUAUGGUCAGCUUAAUUGACAACAUACAAAAAACGUUGCAGUGCUGCGGUUUAGCUGACAGUGAGGAAGGUUAUAAAGACUGGAAUAAUAACCCGUACUACAAUUGCACGAAGCACAACCAAAGUCCAGAGGCAUGCUCAGUACCCGCGUCAUGUUGUAAAGUGAAACCGGGAGAGGAAAUAAACGUCUUAUGUGGUCGAAAAGUGAUGCAAGCAAGUGAAAAUGAUAAAAUCAUAUCAGACGGUCCUUCUAUAAGCCGCAUUAACAAGGCUGGCUGCGUCAGGGCCUUGGGGACGUGGAUUCAGACCAAUGCUAUGGUGUUAGGGGGCAUCCUGCUGGGAAUACUUCUGCCACAGAUGUUUGUUAUGUGUCUUUCCCGUACAUUGAGGGAUCAAAUUAAAAGCCAGAAAGCAAAGUGGGGACGUCAGCGUCGUUACCAAGACAACCCGGCUUUUGACAGACAUUGAGCAUCAACAGGAGGGAACGUCUUGUCUGAAGGGCAUAGAGAACUGUGAUAUACGAGAUUACAAUAGUGAUUCUGGGAUUCCAAGUGAUUAUGUUUUACAGUGAACGAUACAGUCUAUCAAUAUACACGGUACUUGUACAUACAAAAUGGAUUCCUGAAAUUAUAAAUCUGUAGUAUACAUGUACGUAUCAUACCAGUUGUGUGUGUGGAGUGUGUAUUGCGGCAUCUUCGCUAGCCAAGGGUUUCUAAUACGCUACUCUCCUCAUAAACCCUUGGCCUACGGUGUUCAUAAAAUCGGGAUUUUUUUCCAGAUUUCUGAUUGGAUUUCAGUACACACCUGUCGACCAAUCAUCAAUUGUUUUUUUGUAAAUGGCGAUAUUUGCGUUCGGGAUACUUCUUGACUCUUUAAUCUCGGAAUC